GGGUCCAUGGGUAUUUAGAGCCGAAGAUAGCCAGACGACAAGUACUUUCAGUGAGGAGCUCCGGGUGUGUACACCAGCAACAGAGAGGGGCAGUCGACGGCAUGUGGAAGCUAUUUUGUUCUGCGCUGCUUGCCAGCGUUCUGGUGAGCUCUCAGGGUGCGUCUGUUGCCGAGGAACACAGCGUGCACAAACGCCAAGUGCCGACGCAGUAUGGAGCCAAUACCUUAGGAGGCUCCUUCAACUUUGGUCCGAAUAUCGGCGUGGCCACCCCCGACCAGACCCCAGCCAAGGAUACGAUCGUUGUCAGUGACGUAGGCAAGGCCAGUAUUACUCGCACUGACGGGCCUAACUAUACCCCAUCUGGACCUAACAACUACAACGCCAAGGUCUGGCAGCUAGGCAACCAGGAGGUCACUUACGUCGGAAACGUAGUCAUCAUUGACUGGAGGGUGUUUAGCGAACGUAAGGCUCCAGCUGCUUCUAGAACACCCGUUUACGGCUCUUCAGGACCUACGUACGGCACCUCAGGACCUACGUACGGCUCCUCAGGACCUACAUACGGCUCCUCGGGAUCUACGUUCGGCCCCUCGGGAACUACGUUCGGCCCCUCGGGACCUGCGUUCGGCACUGUGCCUCAGUAUGGAGAUACCAACCUUGGCCAACCAGGCUCAACUAACACAGGCCCAGCUUACGGCCAGGCUACUGGUCAGGAUCCAACUUACGGCACAGUAGGACAGGACACAGGAUUGCCAGGGUUCAACGCAGGGCUGCAAGAUCCAGGAUUCAACGCAGGAUUACCAGGACAGGGAUUCCCAUCCGGUUUACCAACUUACAACAACGAAGAUCCCUUUUCCGACCCAUUCUUUCAAGAUGUUCCUGGUUUUUAUAAUGCUGGGCAAGACGCUGGGCAAGACGGCAGCAACAGUGCAAACCAAGCCCCGCCACAAAACGGAGGAACUUACCAAGGCGCACCUGCUCCAGGUUCUUACCAAAAUGGCGUUUUUCUAGGUCCAACACAGAAUGGAGGCUACCAAGAUCAGGGGGCUUACCAAGGCUUACCCAAUCAAGGCGGCUACCAAGAUCAGGGGGCUUACCAAGGCUUACCCAAUCAAGGCGGUGCUUACCAAGGCGCACCUGCCCAAGGCUCAUACCAAAAUGGCGUUUUUCUAGGCCCAACACAGAAUGGAGGCUACCAAGAUCAGGGGGCUUACCAAGGCUUACCCAAUCAAGGCGGCGUUUACCAAGGCGCACCUGCUCAGGGCGGCUCAAACCAAGGUGCCGUAUAUCAAGACCCAACACAGACCGGAGGCUACCAAGACCAAGGUGCUUACCAAGGCCUUCCAAAUCAAGGCGGCCUUUACCAAGGCCUACCUUCACAGGGCGCCUCUUUUAACCUCCCCCCUCAAACUGGUGUUUAUUCAGGUGCUCCCGCGGGCAAUGUCCAGUACGGACCUACGUCUGCUCAGGGACCACUCAACAACCAGUACGGCAACGCCUUGAACCAGUACGGCAAGAAGAAGAGAAGGAGGAGGUCUCUGAGAAAAAAGAGACAGACCUACGCGCCAUCUUACGGUACUGGCCCUCUGUACGGCCAGGGAGCAAAUUCUGGAGUUGUCACCGGCCUUCCUCUGUACGGCCAAAGCCCCGCAUACGGCUCAACCUACGGCUCAUACAAUGUUCCUACUGGUCCAGCCUUCCCUAACAUCUGUGUGAAGAGAGGAACAUACCUUGUCUUCAACUGGCCGUAUCCAGGCAGACACAACGUGAACAAAUUCAUCUCAUACAGAGCCUACAAAUACUGCUCCAAGGACGAGCUGACCGAGGACACGUAUGGCUCCCAGACCCAGGAAAUCAUCGACACCAGUAACCUAGCGCCAGGCUACUACUACUUUGCCAGUGGCGUCGGCGAUGACUGCUCCACUGGUGGACAGAAGAUAGCCGUCCGCGUGGCCACAGAUUACGGUGAUGACUGUAAAUACCCAAGCUACGGACAGUAUGGCUUGGCCGGUGCAAGCACAGGCAAAUAAAUCAUUGGCAACAUACGCGGGGAUUGAGACGACUGGGGAAUGAUCGUACAAUACUGUCAACUGCGGGGAAGUCGCCCUCGAGGCACUACCUAAACAGAAUAAGUUAACGCAGGACUGGUUUUGCGGUAUUUUUUCAGAAUUCUUCCUUAUAUGAGCUUUAAGUAUGGAAAACGAAGAGACGACAAAAUUUAUUGUUGGGAUUCACAAGAAGUACCGCGCUUGAUUUUUAAUAAUUAACUUUGUUUUUAUCUUUAAUUUUUAUUAUUUUUUUAUAAUUUAGGCCCUAUGUACAUAAAGGACCAAAAAUAAAGCUUUACUUUCAUAAUAUCAUUAAA